CCUCACUGUUCAGUGCAAAUAAUUUGAUUUUUAAAAAAGAAAAUUUAUUCAACCCUUCUUGAUAAACAACGAAUUCAGAAAAUUAAUAAAUGAAUAAUUAACUAAGUAAAACACAAAUUGUUAUAAUUAAACAUUCCCACUCAUUAUCUUUUACAUAAAGAAUACUGAAGCUAAUAAAACUUACCUAUAUAUAUAUAUAUAUAUAUAUAAUAUUUAGACGUCCACAGUAUUGAAAUUGUUCAAUUUGUCUCAAAGUGCAUACUACUUAGCUAAUUAUGAUUUCAGAAUAAUUUCGUGAACAUAUGAUACUUUAAUAUUUACUGAAAUGCUUCCAUCGAACUCAACAUAAAUGGCUGAUUAUUGGAUCUAGUUUAGUGAUCACUUAUAAGAUGCGCAAAUAAUAUAACAAUAAUAAUAACAGUUUAUUCAAUUAUCAUCUACUAGAAUUCCGUUUCGCAUUAUUCUUUUUCUGCUGAAAUGUAAAAUCCUGUUGGAACUAUGUGGUCUCGGGUAAUGAUGUGGUAUUCUCUAGUAUUACUGACUAGUUUUAAGUUGAAAUUGGAUGCUUCAGAAAUCACAAUCUUAUCUCCCAAAGAGGCAGAAAUAUUACGAGAGAAAGUAAGAAUUGAGUGUGAAAACAACCGGACCUUAGAACUGAAAUCUCAAAUCUAUUCACAAACAGAAUACUGUCUCACAGAAUUUGACUCAGUUUCAUGUUGGCCAACAACAAAAGGCAGAGCUACUGCUAGAAUUCCUUGCCCAUCACAUGUACCAGGUGCUAGGAUUACUGGUACUGUCUAUCGCGUGUGUAAUUCAACAGUUAAAACUGAAGUUUCAGAUGGCCAGUAUAAAAUAAUAUGGGAAUUUGGUCGACCUAACUACAGUGAAUGUGUACAUAAAACAGACAUUGCAGCGAUUCAUUUACCAAUCAUACAAACAUCAGUAUUUUAUGGUUACGCUAUAUCCAUGGUUUUACUACUCGUAGCUACAGGAAUAAUUUUACGAUUUCGACGGCUUAGAUGUACACGAAAUAAUUUACACUUGAACUUGUUCAGUGCAAUAUUACUGCGUUGUGUAUUACAUUUUAUAAAGCAUGCAGCAGAUGGUCAAGAUAUUGUCUGCAAAAUAUUUACCACACUCCAUGUUUUCACAGUGCAAGCAACUUAUACCUGGGUCCUUAUGGAAGCCCUUUAUCUACAUAAUAGUGUUCUAGUUCAUGUAAUGCAUGAAAGUAGAACAUCAUUUGCUGUCUACGCAUCUAUUGGAUGGACUCUUCCAACUUUAGUCGUUAUCACAUGGAUAUUGCUAAGAUUAUAUGUUACAACAGGCGAUCAGUGUUGGGAUUUGGACAGUGAUCCAGGCAGCCCUAGUAGAAUACUUUUAAUCGUAUAUCCAAAUAUUAUCAUGUUGUUCAAUUUGGCUUUUUUUGUCAAUUUGUUGCGAGUGAUAUUCAACAAGACUCAAUCUCAACCGAUGAGUGAAUCAAAACGCCUAAGAACAUUACUCAAAUCGACGUCUGUAUUGGUCCUGGUUUUUGGCUUAUACCAAUUAUUUUUAUUACCAUUAAAUUUCAUGCGUAUUAAUCCAGAUUCUAAUGGAUCUAGCUUACUAGAAAUUAUUAAACUAUACUAUGAGCAAAUAAUGGAAGCCUUUCAGGGUUCAUUUGUUGCAAUUGUCCUUUGCUUCAUAAAUAAAGAGGUCAUAAGUGAAUUCAAACGUCUGUAUCGACGCAAACAGUACUUACACAGUAAUACAGAAAAUCGACGUCAAAGUGCAUGGAUGAAUAACACUCACGAAACGGGUAAUGAACUUGGAGAACAGCAUAAUGAAUACAAACCAAUAGAGAAAGUAUCCAGAGAACUAUCAAUAAUUCCAAAAAGAAAAAGUAAUUCAUUCACCAGUCGUUUUGUUAAACUGAUAGGAUGUCGAUCGAAAGAUAAAUUUCAAAGACCAUCUGGUCCACGACGACCUUCACCACUUUGUCGGAGUGAAUAAAACAACUUCAAAAUAUACCACUGGCAUAAUUACGAUUCCGCAUUUUUUUUUACUUUACGCUUCUAUUGGAAAUAUUUUAUGUGUAUUUCCUUUCGACACUGUCAAGCGUUACACAUGUGGAUCAUGUCGUUUUUGAAUGCUAAUUAAGCUGAUAAAGAAUGUUACAAUUUACAUUGCAUUAGACAAAAAGAAUUGACUUUCAAAAGAUUUCAGUGUGCGCAUUGCAUAAACCAUCUGAGCGGUGAGCAUCGACUCGCCUUAUAGUUAUCGGAAGUCACUUACAUAAAUCAAACGACAGUGAUUUAUGAACAAACAUGUUCUUAUCAGUAAAGUCUCUUUUUGUUUUUGAUUAACUGGACAUUGUAUAAAUUUGAUCCCUAAAAUCACUUUCACAUUUGAUAUUGUGAAACGAUAAUCCAGCAAAAUCAAGAGUGUAUUUAUUUUUGAGUUAAUAAUAAAAAC